AUGGCUUCCGACUCGACGCUUAUAGAAGCAGGUGAAAUGACGGAGACUACUCCUUUGAUCCCAUCUCACAAACGCCACAACAAGGAUUCUCUAUCGAUAAACACUGCCUCACAGCAGGACAGUCUACCAUAUAGUGACUACCAUACCAUCGACUGGCUUCAAGAUCUCGUGCAAGACAGUCAUCGGCGCCACAACUCAAAUCUCUAUUCGCGACGCGGGAUACGUUACCGCAUCACCAAGCUAUGGGACGCUUCUCAGGGCUGGGUCGCAGCUUUUCUCAUCGGUCUUCUUACAGCCUCGAUCGCAGCCUUCGUAGACGUCAGCGUUGAGGUUCUAGCAGAUCUCAAGGAUGGCUACUGCGCCAGUAACAUAUUUCUAAGUCGCCGAGCAUGCUGUGCAUCAGAGACAAACUGCCAGAACUGGAAGCCAUGGACAGAGAGCUACGUGUACGCAUACGCUAUCUAUGUCGGCCUUGCUUUGGCAUUUGGGAUCAUCGCUGGGAGCGUCACGGCUACUACGAAGAUGAAUCUCACUGCCGUUCCUCCGGAGAAAAAAGAGUCGUCUGCAAGUCCCGGUGGAAAGGUCAUGUACAUGGCAGCAGGAAGCGGCAUCCCUGAGAUAAAGACCGUAUUAUCCGGCUUCUGCAUUCCUCACCUCUUCGAUCUCAAAGUCCUCAUCGUCAAGGCCAUCGGAUCAAUUUUCGCAGUCGCGACAGGUAUGUGCUUGGGAAAAGAGGGACCCUUUGUACACAUCUCAGCUUGUGUUGGAUAUCUUGUCACCAUCUGCAUCCCCAAAUACGCGAGGAAUCAACGGAAACUCAGGGAGAUGCUCAGUAUCGCAUGCUCAGCGGGCUUAUCCGUUGCUUUUGGUGCUCCGAUUGGAGGUGUUCUUUUCAGCUAUGAGGAGAUUAGCACGUACUUUCCCCGAAGGGUACUCUGGAGGAGCUGUCUUUGCUCGGUCGUAGCGGCGGCUGUUCUUAAAGAACUUAACCCUACAGGUACCGGCAAGCUUGUUCUCUUUGAGACGAAUUAUGGCGUCAACUAUGAUGCUCUUCACUAUUUUGUCUUUGUUAUUCUCGGUAUCUGCGGUGGCGUCUUCGGUGGAGUAUUCUGCAGAGCCAAUUUCCUCUGGUCCAAGUCAUUCCGAAAGAUUUCGCUUAUCAAGAACAACCCUGUCUUCGAGUUGGCCCUUGUGACGUUGAUCACAGCGGUUCUUCAGUUUCCGAAUAUGCUAAUCAGAGAAACUGGGGAUAUUGUCAUGCAGCGAGUUCUUGUUGACUGCAAUCAUGCCGAGGAGGACUGGAUUUGCCAGCAAGAGGCCCAAGCUAGUGGCAAGGGCACUUACUACGCUUGGCUGAUCUCCGGGACAUUCGUCAAGUUAUUCUUAACGACCAUUACAUUCGGUUGCAAGGUCCCAUCUGGAAUUAUCAUCCCCGCAAUGGAUGCUGGUGCGCUCUUUGGUCGAAUGAUCGGGCAACUCAUCCCCAACAUCUCGCCGGGGAUCUUCGCCAUGGUCGGGUCAGCAGCCUUCCUAGCUGGCGUUAGCAGAAUGACUGUCAGUCUCGCUGUCAUCAUGUUUGAGCUGACUGGAGAGGUCAACUUCAUUCCGCCUUCCAUGAUCGCCAUUCUGACGGCGAAGUGGGUGGCAGAUGCAAUCAGUGCCGAUGGUGUUUAUGAUCUUGCUCAGCAUCUUCAAGGACAUCCCUUUUUGGAGGCUGAGGGUGCAAUCAGCAAGGUCAGGGAAUUCAGAGAUAAUGAAGGCACUGCGAUGGUCGACUCCCUUCUUCCUUCAAAAGGCGUCUUGGACGCUGUUGUGUCUGUUGGCCCGGACUAUCGUGUCCUCACAUCAAUACUCCACCAAAAGCUCUCUCAUCUUCAAAGCAGCGGCUUGAGCGACUCCGGACUUGUGUUCGUUAACGACAAGGGACUAUGUCAUGGCUAUAUCUCGCAAUAUAAACUGGAGCAAGUCCUGCACAUGAUUGAGAAAACCGAUGGUGUUGAAGAGUCUCGUGAGAUAAGCGUUCUUGAAGGUACUCUAGCGGAGGCGAUUAACAGAAGCCCCCUCGCUCUCUCAUCAAAAGCACCACUUGAGUAUGCUGUGGAGAUGUUUGGAAAGCUGGGCAUCAGUUACCUGGUUGUCACUGAGGAGGAUACGGCAAAGGUGCUGGGAGUUGUGUCGGCGAAGCAACUGAUCGCUUUUUUGGAUAAAUUGAAGUAG